AUGCCUAACAGAAAGGAUAUCUGCACAGUUGUCUGUGAUGAAUAUAUUUAUGUGAUUGGAGGUAGGACAAGGGAAGGGUCCGCUUGUCCCAGUGUCUUCAAGGUGAAUCCUUGCAAUGGCGAUGGGACAGAGAGAGAUUCAAUGGCAGAGGGAAGAUAUUCGGCUUCAGCAGUUACUGUCGGCCAUGAAAUUUUUGUUUUUGGGGGUGGAAACAAUAGGGGAGUACUUGCCACCUGUGAAAAGUAUUCUCCGUCGAAAGAUAAGUAUGUGCUGCUUUCUUACACCAUGUUUAACAGUUCAAAAUAUCAUUCGGGGUAUUGA